AUGAAGUUUGAAUUAUUACUCAAUGAAAUUUUACUUGAUCUAUUCGAUUAUUUUAAUGGUGUUGAUCUUCUUUGUAUAUUUUAUGAUCUCAAUUAUCAUUUCAAUUCUCUUCUCUACGAACAAUAUCGAUCUUAUCGUUUUAACUUUAAUUCAAUAUCAAAACAUAAUUUUGAUAUAAUAUGUUCACAACAUCUAUCAUUUAUUACUGAUCGAAUUAUUAGUCUUAGUCUUUUCGAUGAUGAAAAUACUCCAGGACAAAUAAAUCUAUUUCGAUUCUAUAUACCAUCAUUUAGUCAAUUUACUCAGUUACAAUCACUUUAUUUACUAAAUAUUCAAAAGCUUGAAAUACAACUUCCUAUCAAUAAUCAAUUUUGGUCUAUAAUGUCAAAUUUAAAACGACUCUAUUCACUUAAUGUAAUAUCUUAUACUGAUACUUAUUAUUCUCAAUUACAAAUUUUACUUGACCAAGCACCUAAUCUAGAUAAAUUAAUUAUUGAUCAAGAUGUAUCAUUACCAUUUCAGUUAUCAUUAUUCAAAUUAACAAAUAUAACAAUUCGUAAACUCCAUUUAGAUUAUUAUUAUUAUUGUUUCAAUGAAGAAAAAUGUAUUUUAUUAUGUCAUUCAUUAUUGGGUACUCAUUGUCAAGUACUUUAUAUUCGAGUAUUAUUUGUUAAACUUACAUAUGAAAAGACUUCUGAAUAUUUUUUUUUAUAUCAAACAGAAAUCAUAAAUUUCUCAAUACAAAAAUAA